GCUCAUCAGUGCAACGCGCCGAGCAGUUUCCCCCGUAAACACCCGUCUCUGUUCCAUUUGUCCUCCAGAAACAAGGGAUUUCGCAUUGCACUCAGUCGGCGCAUCCCGCAAGUCACGUUCUGCUGAACGGUUCCAUUUUUCGGGUGGCAGGUGUCCCGGUGCGUCAUCGUCCGAACACCGGACAGGGGAUGCUUUGAGGUGCACUGUUGCUCCCCUGAUGCUUCACAUCUCUGCAGCAAACCGUGCUGGAAAUGGUCCCAUGUUCAACUAACCGGCGCCGCUCAGAGGUUAGACUCUCAGUUAACAGAGGGUCACAGCCACUAACACAAGACCCAGCCUCCUCCUGAAGAGGCACGAGUCGUCCGCCUGCCUGUGUUCGUCUCAGCAGCAGUGAAGACAGACAGGAGACUUACACCGUGGUGGUCAGCCUUUGUGUGUGUGUUUCAGUGAGUCAGUGCCUUUAGUGUUCCCCCAAGCCCUCGACUGUGUGUUUGUGUGUGUAUGUGUGUGUGUGUGUGUGUGCAAUGAUGUGUGGCUCUGUCAAGGUGGAGAAUUAAGAGGAAGACCUGUCAGUGAAACCGAGCCAGCUGUUGCGUAUGUGUGUGUCAGGGCUGAGCAGUCCAGCACGCGAGAUUAAGAGUGUGUGUGUGUGUGUGUGUGUGUGUGUGUGUGUGUGUGCGUGCGUGAGGGGCUACUGUUGACCAGGCUAUGAGUGCGUCUCAGAGGGAGAGGCGGUUCGAUGCUGAGUUGAGCUAAAGGAGCAGAACAGGAGAAUCUGUAAGAGGAACAGCCAUGGGGCUCGGACAGUCCAGCAAGGCUCCCGUCACUGAUGACACAGACGAUGUAAAUUUUGACCACUUCCAGAUCCUGAGGGCAAUAGGAAAAGGAAGCUUCGGCAAAGUCUGCAUUGUACAAAAAAAGGACACCAAGAAGAUGUACGCCAUGAAGUAUAUGAACAAGCUCAAGUGUGUGGAGAGGAACGAAGUGAGGAAUGUCUUAAAAGAGCUGCAGAUCAUGCAGAACCUCGAACACCCUUUCCUGGUCAACUUCUGGUAUUCCUUCCAGGAUGAGGAGGACAUGUUUAUGGUGGUGGACUUGCUCUUGGGGGGAGACCUGCGCUAUCACCUGCAGCAGAACGUCCACUUCUCAGAGAGCACUGUCAAACUCUACAUCUGUGAAUUGUCCCUGGCCCUGGGAUAUUUGCGCACCAAGCGCAUAAUACACAGAGACAUCAAACCUGACAACAUACUACUGGAUGAACAUGGGCACGUCCAUCUAACAGACUUCAACAUUGCAGCCAUUGUAAAAGAAGACCUAAAAGCAACGUCCAUUGCUGGAACGAAGCCGUACAUGGCUCCUGAGCUUUUUCAGACCUUCGAGGGGUCCCACCCUGGCUACUCCUUCUCUGUCGACUGGUGGUCACUGGGCAUCACAGCAUAUGAGCUACUGAGAGGACAGAGACCAUAUGUGAUGAGAUCCAGUACACCAGCUAAUGAGAUCCUUCAGACCUUCCACAAGGUCCAUCCUAGCUACCCAGCAGCCUGGUCUUUGGAGAUGAAGUCUCUUCUCAGAAAGUUGCUGUGCAUAGAUGUCCAGACGCGCAUUUCCUGUCUAGCAGAGCUACAGGAUCUGGACUACAUGUCAGAUGUCAACUGGGACGCUGUGCUCAGCAAACAGCUUCCUCCAGGCUUUAUUCCCAAUAGACGGAGACUAAACUGUGACCCUACAUUUGAGCUGGAGGAAAUGAUCCUGGAGUCCAAACCGCUUCACAAGAAGAAGAAAAGGCUUGCCAGGAAAACCAGGGACCAGGGAUCUGAUGGCUCCCCACAGAAUGGUCAGUUGCAGCAGCGACUGGAUAAUGUCCAAAGAGACUUCAUUGUCUUCAACAGAGAAAAGUCAAGGAAAGCAGUGGUGGAUAUAGAGUCCUCUGAGCUGUCCAUGAGUGAGAAGAACAAGGCAAUAGAAGAUGGACAGAACAACAAUGUUGAACCGGCUGCCUACUUAUCAGGAUAGGGCUCAUGACUCGAAAUCCCUACUUACUCCCUUAUCACCUGCACCUGCCCACAGCUUGUAGAUCAGCAAUUUACACUCAGACACCUAUUGUUCAGCACAGGCACUCAGAUUCGGUCUUCAAUGUUCCUGCACCACUACAUUGAUAAGAACACAAAUGCAGAAUGCAUCACUGAUCACACACAGAAACCACAUUAUCAAGUGCUCCAGAACUGUAGUGAAAUGGAACCCUGGAGCAGCAGCCAUGCCACAGCCAGGCUUUUUCGCUUUACCGUCACAGAGAAGACUGACUCUCAGCCGAGUGACACUCAUAUCAUGCUUCCUUACAUCACUCUGGUGCUCUAAGGUCUGCUCAACCUCUACUCUGGGCAGUGUGCUGAAAUGAAGAGGGAGUCACUCCCCUGCCAAAAAGGAGACAAUGCCGCACCUACUUAGCUGUCGCAGGAAAUAAAGUUGGAUGUGGUCACCUUUAGCUGAAAGUUGUAUAUGCUGCUGCUGUCUUGACGGGACACUCAGAUUUUUUAUCUCAGUGAGGCAUUUUUCUGGUUAAUUACAGUUAUUUAAAUAUAACAAUGGUUCUCCAGUGCCACAUGGAAAUGGACUUAACAAGAAUUGGCGUAAGGAGUUGGGUUGGCAACAUAUAUUCAAAAACAACGUCAUAGGAAGAUGGUCUUGUCCCAUGUGAUCUACAUGACUUGAGAUUCGAGCUUGACACUUAAGAGUACAAAACAUUAAAAUGGAGAGGUUUAAAAGGUAAAACGAGGCCUUUUGCUUUAAAGACAGCAACCACAGAUUCCUCUAAGAUAUAAAACAAAGAGCUGAACUGUAGGCUUCAGCGUGAAUGGCUCGCUUUAUCAUAGCAGCAGAUACAUGGUUGCAGUGGUCAUUAUGCUUAGCUUUAGCUAGUCAAGCUAACAAAGAUGGUAGGAUUGCACCAAUUUGUACAAUGUCCCAACUCGAUCACCUGCAGAUAUAGUCAAAACAAGCUGCAAGUUUUCUUCACUUGUGUAUGCUUUAAGUUACGGAGUGAAUACAGAAAUAUGUAUACGGAGUUGCUCAGUUAAGGCUACCAGAUGUGGUUGAAAGCUUUGGAUACACCAAGUUAAGUGGACCUUCUGAUGAAAGUUUUUUUUCUGUCAAACUGGUGUUAAACUCCUUUAAAACAUUUUAGACUAACCUUUGCCUCAAUCUGCAAAUGACCAGAUGGGUCUUGAAAUAAAGGUUUAUAGCUAUGAAAACGUAGAAAAGGUAGAUGGUAGAUGUUCUGCACUGAACCUUGCUUUGCACAUGCUUCUUCAUCAACUGUAGCAUUUAUGCACAGAGAGACAAAGAAAAACUAAAGCUGUGAGUGAAAACUUAUUCCCCUUUUAUAGACAAGGUUUAAGCUGAGUCCUACAUAAGAUUAAUUUUUUCAGUUACUGUCUGCAUUGAAAUUUGUUUUUGUCAAUUUUUUUUUUCUUCCUCUUUUGUGUUGGAUAAAACCAAUUACAAAUGUGCCACCAGAUAAGAUAAAUUUGUAUUUGCAAUGAAUUGCUCCCAUAGAAGAAUACAUUCUGCAACAUGCUUGUGCAGAUGGUAUUCAACAGUAACUCAGCACCAACCGGAUAACACAGUGGAAAAACCUAUUGACUUUCACAUUUUUUCAGGUUCAGAGUAAAAAAACUGCAAAAAAGGAAACAAAUAAACACCAGAAUAGGCACUACCCCGAUUCAUACUGUAAGCUUUACUGUAGAAGUGGUUAAAACCAUGUCUAAGAAACCACACCUGCCUCUGACGUUUGCAGAGGGAUGCCUUAUACCACAGAUAUGGCACACAGCUGGUUCCCUUAAACAAUAUGUGCAGGUAGUAAAAACCUUUUUCAGAAUCAGUCAGUACAUGUGAUUUCUACUGAUGCUUAGUCACUCUAUUGACCUUGAGCUUAUCUAUCUGCAAUAUGACUCAAUCCUUUCAAGUCUAUGAUACUUGUAAUUAUAUUUAAAACAUACUUCACUCUAUUCAAUUCAUCACUGUUGGCACUUUUCUAUUGAAAACUGAUACAAAGUUUUAGACUUACCUUUGUGUUAUUGUUGUUGUUGUUGUUGUCGUCAUUGAUGUAAUUUUACAUAUCCAAAGGUGGUUUCCUGUAUAAGUUGUAUAAUAUAGCGGGAUAGUUAAACAGAUGGACUAAUCCUGGGUAAAUCCAGAAUAAAUAAAAUUUGUGACUGAUUAUCGGAAUUUGUUCAUAUAUAAUUGGAGUACCAGAUGGUACAGAUGUGGCAGAUAAACCCCUCCAAAAAGUAAAUGUGUAAAAUAAUCAGUUGACCCAGGCAAAACCAUUUUUCAACAAAACGUCUAUCUAAAAACAAGUUUAGUCUGGGAACAGAACUGUUCCACACCUGUGAAUUUCAUUCCUAUUAAGGUUUUGUUGUCCUUCAGUUGUCAUUGUGUGUUUAUUGUAUUCAUAUGUGAUGGAGUUGCAAACUAUUAAGGUGUGCCUUAAAUAAUGACUUUCUUUUUCUGAA